AUGUCCAUCACUCACUCUCAGGACUCGGUUGGUCCUUCCUUCAUCGAUAAGACCAUCAUUCCCGUGGACAAGAUUGAACACGCCGGCUCCAUGUCGCAAGAGGAGGUUUCUCACUCUGAGCUCUCCCACCCGGCUGAGGAUGAGCCGGCCUGGAUUGGCAUCCGGGAGUACUGCCAGGACUUCUUCUCUGAGUUCUUCGGCACCUGUGUUAUGAUCCUCUUUGGUGAUGGUGUUGUUGCCCAAGUGUCUCUGAGUGAGAUGAAGAAGGGUGACUAUCAGAGUAUCUCUUGGGGCUGGGGAUUGGCUGUCAUGUUGGGCGUCUACUGUAGCUCCAAGUCUGGUGGCCAUCUCAACCCGGCCGUCACUUUCUGCAACUGCCUCUUCCGCGGACACCCUUGGCGAAAACUCCCCGUCUAUGCUCUCGGACAGCUCCUCGGCGCCAUGGCCGGAGCCUUCAUCGUAUACGGAACAUACUACCAGGCCAUUGAUAACAUGGAGGGACCGGGCGUGCGCACUGUAGGCGGCACGACCAGCACCGCUGGCAUCUUCUGCACUUACCCUGCCGCAUUCCUGACCCGCACCCAGAUGUGGUGGUCCGAGGUUGUCUCCAGCACCAUUCUGAUGUUUGUGAUCUUUGCCAUGGCCGACCCUAAGAAUGGAAAUGCCCGGAAACUCAUGCCCCUUGGACUCUUCUUCCUGAUCUUUGGAAUUGGCGCCUGCUUCGGAUGGCAGACCGGUUAUGCAAUCAACCUGGCUCGUGACUUUGGCCCUCGCCUGGUUUCAUACAUUGUCGGCUAUGGCCAUGAUGUCUGGUCUGCUGGUGGAUAUUACUUCUGGAUUCCCAUGGUUGCUCCCUUCUUCGGCACUGCGUUCGGUGCCUUCCUGUACGACAUCUUCAUGUACACCGGCAAGGACAGCCCCGUCAACACCCCUUGGUGGGGAUUCAAGAGACUGCUGCAGCCCAGACGAAAUAUCUGGUCCAACACAUACAAGGCCAAGCAGAUCUCGUCAGUAUAG